AUGGUAGUGGUGUCUCUGCUGGCUGUAACUUCCUGUUUACCUGUCCUCCAGGUGUCCCUGCUGGCUGUAGAUGAGAUGCACAUGAACCUGCCCAGCAUGACCAAAGACCUGUACUGGAACGACUGCGAGGCGCGCCCCCCCUACACGCUGGCCGCUGCCGACUACUGCAUCCCUUCGUUCCUCGGCUCCACCACCGACAUGGGACUCUCCGACAUCCUGCAGUUUGAUGAGGCGGACGUGAGCAACAUCCGUCCCCGGCAUCUGGACUCUGUGUCUGCUUGGCGGCAGGAGUCGGUUCUGGGUCGAGUCCGCCGGCUGCUCAGCGUCCAGGAUCCUCCUGACCUCCGACCUCCUAAGCCUAUCUUCAAACGACACAGCAGCGACGCAACAGGAAGCUUCUUCCCAGACUUCAGGGUUUACCCACGUCCAGAGGACAUGGGUCUACCCCCCACCGCCAUAGAAACCCUGUCCACCUUAAGGGAGGUCAGCAGCGACUCUACAUCCGCUGAAAGCUCACCCUUUACCGUUUUCCCCCGGCUCGUCAUUAGUCCGCCGUUGUCCAGUGACGUCUGUCACAAGACGGAUUCUGCUGGCAAUGGUGAAGCGGCAAAACCUCAUAAUGGACUGGAUCCGUCCCCCACUGAGGAAGCACCAGGCUUAGAUACCCCGAGGCCCGGCUCCUCGAUGUGUUGUUCCCCCACCCAGCUAGGACCCAAGGAAUUCCGCUGGACAAAUCAACCACCAACCCGGCCACGGGGGCGCCAGUUCUCCCUGCAGUUCUCCAGGCAGUCAUCGAAAGGGUCGGUCCGAAGCCUGCCAAGCCCAAAGGGCCUGGGUAGGCGGAGACGAGGCCUGGCACGCUUCCAGUCCCGACGAUCACCCGUUCCACCUUCCGACACUCUGCAGCUCCCUGACCUAGAGUACGACCACGACUUCCAAGGACUGGCAGAGACUACUGACUACGUGGAGGAAGGAACCAACGAAAGGGAAAACAUCACAAACCAGGACAGCCAAUCGCAGAGUUUGGAGAAAAAAUAAGAACCACCCACACGUAAUACUGCCCAAAGAUGCAACCCCAGAGCUGGUGACAGUGCCCAAAAAGAGGAGCCACAUGAGGAAAGUUGCUUAGAAAUCUCCAACCUUUGAAGGGGUGUUUUGAACCGCAUGUCGCCAGGUUAGUCGCUGGAGAUAAAGCUUCACCCUAACCCAAACAUGUACACCAAAAAAACACAAAAGAUACAGAAGACUGCUAAUACUCGUAAUCAACUUUAAGAUCAGAAAAUAGGAAAAUUGGGCAAAGAAGGGAAGAGCAAGCAACAACCACUGGGGCUCAGCUUAAUAAGCGGAAAUGUUCAAGAUAAAAGCCUUUUUUAUGCCUUAAUGUUUUAACAAACGUGAGGAAGAAAUUACAUUAUCCCCCAAGACCUGAACCUGUUGUGGAAACAAUGUGUAGACUGUUGAGACUGACUCACUUCAAUACAGCCAGCGUUGUGUUGGAUGUCACCUGGUGGCCUAUAUAGGAACUGCAGCUGGUUCCAACCAUUGACUGUAAAUAUUGAUGGAACGCAUCCGGUUCGGCGACUGCAAAUGUGGAAGUGCCUUAAAGCUGCAUCCUACUUGAUCUCCAGCAGCGGGGGACUCCUUAAACCUGCGUCCUACCUGAUCUCCAGUGGGGGGAGACUCCUUAAACCUGCAUC